AGCUUUCACAAGUCAAGGCCCCGCUUAAGGCGGCGCCUGAGAGGGAGUAGCGCAUGAUUUUCAGGUCUUCAUGGGCCGGUGGCCGCUCGCCGCUUGGAUCCUGCAGCUAUAUGCGCAGGAUGCAGAAGAGUUGGUGGAUUUCUCCACCGAGUUCCCCGGCUUUCUCACGGAGGAGGUGACGCGGAACGUGAUUUUCGGAGACUUUGUUCUUGAAGCUGAGCUUGGUUUGGAGACGAACUUCGAAGACAUUGACCGCGUGCUUCGGGGCACGCUGGGCCAGAUCUGCCAGCACUCCCCGGUGCGCAACGCGCCGGUGGAAGUGAAGCGCUUUCUCGACAUGGAGAGCCUGGUGAAAAGGCGCAAAGCCUUCCGGUACACCUGGUGGCUCCUGCCCCUUCAGAGCCAUCCCCUUCCUGGAGACUGCAUGAGCACCUUGGCGCAGAUGAGCUACGGACCCACGGCCCCGCCCUUCGAGGAGAUCGGCAAGAAGGAGCCGCCGAUGCGUCACAUCUUUGCGGUGGAGCUGGCUAGCUACACCUCCACGUCCGCCAUGGAACCAUCCGGCUGGGGCCUUACCUUGCAGAACGUCUCGUGCCUGCCGUUGCAGGUGAAGCGUGCCAUCAUGGACGACGAGGGGGUGGUUUCCACCACACCGUUGCCCACUCACAUCUGCGACGGGCGCUUGUACGCCACAGGGCUGGCAGAGGACACUGGCUUCGAACCCAACCAGGUGAGCGACUGCAGCAUGGCUGGGGAGGACCCUUGCCUUUGUGUGGCCCUCACCGACUGCGAGUGGCAGCCGGGAUCAGGUGAGUUUCCGGGUGGCUGCGCCGCCACGAAGAACCCGGGGGUCUCGUGCCAGGCCUGCCCCUUCCAGGAUAAGUGCCAAGAGCCGGACCAGAGCGAGCUGUGCCGCCUUGCCAGCACGGCCUGCGACUGCGCCUUCACGCGCUCCACCGCCGCGGGCUACGGCUGCGCCUUCCUGGGCGGCGGCUGCAUACCCCGUAGCACGCCGGACUCCGCGAGCACCUCCUGCGACGCCUGCAGCUCGCAGGUCCGGUGCGGCACGCCGGUGCUGGAGACGAUCGCCCCGGUGGCGGGGACGCUGCUGGGGGAGCUGGGGGUCUGGGAGCUGCAGGUCUUGUUCGACCGCACUAUCGAGCUGAAUGUGGAGGCCCAGGCGGACGACUCGGGGGUUUUGUUGAAGUGCGACGUCUGGGAGGACUCCGGAGGCUCUUCGUUUCGGCUCAGCAAGUGGAAGGUGUCCGUGCAGGAUAGCAUCUUGACAAUCGACCUGAAGCACAUCGUCAACUACAAGAGGCGGACGUGCUUCCUGACCCUGGCGGCCAACAUCCUGCGCUCAGUGGAGACGAAGUUGCCUUACCCGGGCAUGAUUAUGGGCCAAUACUUCAUCUUUCUGCCGGACACGGAGAAGCCCACGGUGUCCAGCUACUCGCCUCCCAACAGCGUCCGCAAGCUGGACACCGAGCUGCAGGUGUCGCUGAAGUUCACGGAGGCGGUCUUCUGGGGCCGCGAGGCGUCAGCGCGGCGGGUGGAACUGCACCUCACGGGGGAAGAGGCCAACGGGGGCCGUUUGCUGGAAAGCAUUAGCUUCCAGGAUCCCCGGAUCGACUUGUUGGAGGACGAGCUCAAGGUGGAUUUGCGCGGGAAGCUGCGGCCAAGCAGCUUCUACUCCAUCGUGCUGCCCCCGCUGUCCCUGAGCGAUCGCGACGGCAACAACUUUACAGGGCUCCCGCAGAACCACUACAUCUUCGGCACUGGCUCGGAGCUGCAGGUGGACAACAUCGACUGGGCCGAGGGCAUGUGGAUUGGCCUGGGCACCUUCCUGGUGGUGGUCUUCUGCUGCGUGAGUGGAGUCGCAGGCUACCUGCUGCUCCAGUCCGGCCGGCAAAACGCAAAGGUCUUCGCAAAGAGGGUACGAAGCACCAGCAAGGGCGUAGCCAAGGAAGGCAACGCCGUCUACUUGGAAGAUGUAGAGAGCGAUGGAUUCUACGCGCCACCAGCGCUGCGGAAGGAGGUCCAGGACCCGCCUCCCGCCCUGCGCGCGGCGGUGGGGACUGCGGCGGGACAAGGCGCGGACCACUUCCGUGUGGCCGUGGCCUGGGAUGGAGAACUGGAGCUGGCGCGGGUCUCCUCGAAGAUGUCAUCGACCCAGGCCACCACCACCCGGCUGCUGCCGCUGGCGAGCCCGCGGCCAGGUUCCCUUGAGCGGAGCCAUUCGAAGCGUGGUGAGGCGCUGCUUCGAAGCCCGCGGGCACCGUCUGCAAGCCCGCGGGGGUCCCCUCCAGGCUCCCUAGAGCGGAGCCUCUCGAAGCGCGGGACGGAGGCCAAGCCUUCGCUUCGGGUCAGCCCUCGAGGCUCCCUCGAGCGGAGCCCGUCCAAGCGCUUGGCGGAGGUGAAGAGCCCGAGAGGCCGCGGCGGGACCCAGCUCACUCUUCCAGAGGUGAGCCCGCGGCCCCGGCUCGAAGGCCCGCGCAGCGCUGCGGACGCAGAUGCUCCCACAGCGCCGAACGUCGUCGCACCAGUAGCACCACAGCUACAAGGCUGGGAGCGGCAGGGAUCCAAGAUGAGCCUCAGCGGAAGCGUCAAGGCUCCCACAGCGCCGACCGGCGCCGCACCAGCAGCACCACAGCUACAAGGCUGGGAGCGGCAGGGAUCCAAGAUGAGCCUCAGCGGAAGCUUCAAGGCUCCCACAGCGCCGACCGGCGCCGCACCAGCAGCACCACAGCUACAAGGCUGGGAGCGGCAGGGAUCCAAGAUGAGCCUCAGCGGGAGCUUCAAGCUGCCGGCGGCGCAGCCCACGCUGGCGGCCUCCGCGGCGGUGAGCCGCAGCAUGUCGAAGGCAAGGAGGCCGAUGAGCCGGGGCCAGCAGACGCCGGUGCGCGCCUCCCAGUGAGGCCCAGCCUCGGAGACCGUGUAAGUGUAGGUGUACAUAUUCUUCUUCCUGUACAGCAUUUGCGUUUUGGGCACUUGCAGCGUCGGUCAGAAUUUGGAGAGAGACAA